UCGGCCUCAGUCCUCUCUCUCUCUGCGUGGUCUUCUGCUCGUGUCUCUGGUGUUUUUCGCUCCCAUGUGUCGGCCGCUCUUUUCUCCGCCCGCCGCCGCCGCCAGGACUCGUUCAUGGUGAGGUUUUUUUCAAACCGCAGCGGCACCGCGCCAGACCUGCUGCGGCAGGUGAGGAGGCGGAAACGCACCAAUGAAGGCGAACGGUUGAAUGGAGCAGCAGGAGCAGCAGGAGCAGGAGGAGCAGGGGCAGUGAGGAGGCGGAGGACAGUUCGGUUCAGGCUUCAGGUGCCUCGCUUGGCGCUCCGUCGUCGUCUGAAUGCGUUGAGUGGGGGCGUGUCUCGCCCCGCCCAUUGGCGUCGCCGGCCAAUUGCCUUCCUCUGCUAUGUGCUGUCUGUCAAUGCUCUACGGCCACUGGCCAAUCGGGUGGCGUUGUAUCGUUCCUUCCCCACUCGUCUCCUCUCUCGGGCCUGGGGUCGGCUGAAUGGAGUUGAACUGCCCACGUGGCUGCGCAAACCCAUCUACUCCCUUUACAUCUGGACCUUUGGAGUCAACAUGCAGGAGGCAGCGGUUGAAGAUCUGCAUCACUACAGGAACCUGGGGGAAUUUUUCCGCCGCCGUCUGAAGCCCGCUGUUCGACCGCUGUGCUCCGCCUCCUGUCUGACGUCUCCAGCUGAUGGGCGGAUCCUUCACUUCGGUCAGGUGAAGAACUCAGAGGUGGAGCAGGUGAAGGGCAUCACCUACAGCCUGGAGAACUUCCUGGGUCCACAAACAAGGCGGAGCAAUGACUCCGCCCCCUCCUCCUUUCAGGACGGCCUCCUGUGGCGUCCUGACACUCAGCUGUUCCACGUGGUCAUCUACCUGGCACCAGGUGACUACCACUGCUUCCACUCCCCCACCGACUGGAGGGUGGAGCUACGACGACACUUCCCAGGUUCGUUAAUGUCAGUUAAUCCGGGCGUGGCUCGUUGGGUCAAAGAGCUCUUCUGUCUUAACGAGCGUGUGGCUCUCACCGGCCAAUGGGAGCACGGCUUCUUCUCGUUUACAGCGGUUGGAGCCACAAACGUCGGUUCCAUCAGACUGUACUUUGACAAGGAACUGCAGACCAACGCUCCUCGUUACAGUAAAGGUUCGUUCCACGACCGCGCCUACGCCGCUAUAGAUGCACAGGUGUCCCAGGGGGGCGUGGCCUGUGCAGACGGAGGGGGCGUGGCCUGUGCAGACGGAGGGGGCGUGUCUCUUCAGAAGGGCGAACCUCUGGGGGAGUUCAACCUGGGCUCCACCAUCGUGCUGCUGUUCGAGGCCCCCAGAGGAUUCACCUUUAACCUGCAGCCCGGACAGAGGAUUCGCAUGGGGGAGGGGCUCGGCAGCCUCUGAUUGGCUGAGCCACGGGGGGACUCCGACACCCAGAAUGCCUUGUGCCUCAUGAGGGCGAAAUGCCAAAGCCGCUCACCUACAUGUACAGGUGAACUGUGACUCCGCCCACCAGACGUGUGACUGAGGUUAAAGGUGGAAGGAAGGUGAUUGGUGGAAACCUCAGUUGACUCCUCCCACAACCCAGAUUCCAUGUUACCAUUGUCCAAUCAGAACACUUGAACCUCAGCUUGUUUGUUUUUUUUGUUUGACAAAAUGUAACAGCAUGACCAAACUAAGCCCCGCCCCUUUGACUUUUUUUGUAAAAAUAUUUUUUCCAUUCGUCAGGGGCGUGGUCUUCAUUAGGGUGUGGGGGCGUGGUCUUCAUUAAGGCGUGGUCUUCCACUGGAGUCAGGUUUCCUGGAAUCAAACGUCCUUUACGUCCGAAAAGCAAAUGUUCGUAAAAACAAACGUGGACUCACAUUUGACGUUUUCUGUCUGAACUUUGAUAAUAAAUAACAUUCGAUAAAG